AUGGCAACUUCUCUUCGAUUCUCUCAAAGGCCACCAAAAGAAACAACCGUCGCAUCAAACACAAUAACUCCCGAACCAACGGAAGCUAUGAUUCAAGCUGCUAGGAAUGAUUACGCUCUGAGGCUAAACCUUUACACUCAACAGCAGCUCAAACGAAUAAAAUCCAAACAAAAAAAUCCUGAAAACCGUUGCAAUGAUUCAGCAAAAUACAAUGGUUUGUCAAAAUCUCCCAAUCACAUUCUAUCUAUAAGUGGUGUGAUCCAACGUCAGCAUGUUCAGAAGCAAAAGAGACAAAUUCUAUGA